AUGGGAAGAAUUCCACCUGCUGAUGAGGAUGCUGGACAUGGGCUAAGAGUCUCACUCCUAACCUUCUGGAACCCUCCCACCACUGCCCAAGUCACUGUUGAAUCGGUGCCGCCCAAUGCUGCCGAGGGGAAGGACGUUCUUCUGCGUGUCCACAAUCUGCCUGUGAAUCUUAUAGGCUUUGGCUGGUUCAAAGGGGAAACUGUUGAGCCCCGUAGUGAAAUUGUAUCAUAUGCAGCAGACUCACAAGAAAUUACCCCAGGAUAUGCACACAGUGGCAGAGAGACAUUAUAUCUCAGUGGAUCCCUGCUGUUCCAGAACAUCAACCUGGAGGACAUGGGAUACUACACUGUACGAAUCUUAAAGAGAAAUUUUCAAAUUGAAAUAGUAACUAGAUGGCUCCGUGUAUAUCCGGAGUUACCCAAACCCAACAUCACAAGCAACAACUCGGACCCCGUGGAGAACGUGGAUUCUGUAGUAUUAACGUGUGAACCUCAGACUCAUAACACAAGCUACCUGUGGUCAGUAAACAGUAAGAGCCUCCCGGACAGCGCCAGGCUGGAGCUGUCCCUGGACAACAGGACUCUCACUUUACAUGGUGUCACAAGGAAUGACACAGGACCUUAUGAGUGUGAAACCUGGAACCCAGUCAGUGCCGGUCAUAGUGACCCAUUCACCCUGAAUGUUCUCUCCUCUAACCCGCCUGCACAGUAUUCUUGGAUUAUCAAUGGGAGCCCCCAGCCAUCCUCACAGGAGUUCUUUAUCCCCAACAUCACUGUGAAUGAUACUGGAUCCUAUGCCUGCCUUGUUUAUAACCCUGGCACUCGCCUCAAUAAGUUCACGGUCAAGACUAUCACAGUCUCUGAUGGAAGAAGCCCCACGGGCCUCCCUGUGGGGACCAGUGUUGGCAUUGCAAUUGGGGUCCUGGUUGGGGUGGCACUCGUGGCCUCCCUGGGGUAUGUCCUGCUCCGGGUGAAGACGGGAAGGGCCAGUGGCCAACGUAAUCACAGAGAGAUGGGGCACCCAGCCUGCACCCCUGGUCAUGGUCCAGUCAGCAGCUCCACAUCCCCGAGCGCCCUACCCAGCCCGAGGACAGCCGUUCCCAUCUACCAGGAGUUACAACACCCUGACAGGAACAUUUACUGCCAGAUCAACCACAAAGGACAAGUGUCUUCUUAGUUUCCCCUCCCCUGGGAGCUACACCUUCCAGGGGCCUUCCUGAGACCCCAGACCCUGGGUGGGGUCAGGUGCCCCCGCCUGAGCCAGAGAGCCAGCUCUAAGCCCAGAGGAUAUUCAGGGACAUGGACCCAGGGUCCGGGCCUUCCUGAUUUCUGGAAGCCCCGACAGGCUGCCACGAACCCCGGAUGGGCCAGGACAAAGGCCCCCAUGUCCCAGGAAGUGGGGUUUCCCAGGGAGAGUAUCCCGGGCCCUGACCCACCAGGGACAACAUGAGGGGAUCUGAUGUAACAGGACUCUUCCCGCUCCUUGGCCCUUUUUUGGUGAAUGGUGAUUUCUCUGAGCAGAAAUUCACCUGAACCUCUGGGGCCCUUCUCUCCUGGGUCACACAGGGAAAUGUUCCCUCUGAGUUCACCAAGCCCCCACCUUAGUCCCCUGAGAUAGAGGAGGGGCGAGGGGUGUUGACAUGCUGGGACCACGUUAACUAGAAAAGGAGAGAUCACCAGAGCUGUGGCCAAACUAUGACAGCACUCAGCGGUCCUCACCCUGCUCAGGGACCAAGGCUGGAGACACCUCCAGUGUCUGCACACGUGCACAGGGUUCUCAGGAGCACAGGACAUGGGGCCUCUGAUGACCACACGAGGAGGAGCUUGGAAGGAGCAGCCAUGGGCAGGCACACGUCCCAGGUGGGACCCCUUCAUAGCCUUUUGGUGUCCUGAGCCCUUUGGUCCUCCUCACCCAUCCCCGGUGGCCCUGACUGGUGGCCUUCACCCAUAAACUUGCCCUGUCCCCAGAUCCAAGAUCCAGGGCACUGAGACCUGUCUGAAGCUUUCUCCAGCCUUCGGGAUGUCCUUCCUGCUGCGGUGACAUAAAGGCAGGUUGUCAGAGGAACGCCAGGGUUUGGGACCCAGACUUCAUGCUCUGAGCAUAGCCUUCCCGGACACUGCCCAUGACGUCUAGCCCAGUACCUCCCAGCAGUGUCCACUUUUCUCCCUGAACGGGAUCUUAUCUUGAAACACACCUCCUCCCCAUAAAUAAGCAUGCAGGUCAGAGGCAGAGGGCUUCCCCCACCUAACUCUCACCCAGGCUCCCAUGGUGAUGGGACAAAGUGUCUCUUCCACCUGGUCCACAGGCCUCGUCCUGCUGUCCCACCUGCAGCCUCCUCCACACACCUGGGCCAGCGGCUCUCAGUCCUUCCCUGAGGCCCCCGGUUGGGUGCCCAUGUGGAUUCGCUCGCAUCAAGGUGCCCUGUUCACACAAAAGCGGUCCAAGCACCAAGGCACCGCACCCACGUUUCACAGGUGGGUUUGCCAUCACCCACUUGUUUCUUAGUCAUGAGAUGAGAGGUAAGAAAAACAAGCUGCAAAGUAUCACGUCACUUUUAGCUCUGUGAUGCUCCUAUCGCAAUGCACACUAUGUUGGAUUAGACAGGGUGACGCCUCUUGUUAGUUUCCUCUUGGUGCUCUAGCAAAUUAUUGUAAGCUUAGUAGUGGAUGUCAACACAAAUCAAGGUGCCCACCUGGCUGUCUCUUCUGGAGGCUUAGGAGAGAGUCUGUUUCCUUGUUUUUCAAGCUGUGCCGUUGGAGGCUGCCCACGUUCCAUGGAUGUGGCCCCUUCCUUCACCUUCAAAACCAGCAGUGCAACAUCU